UGGUUGCACAGACCGGAAGUAGCGCGGACCUGUAUCCCGGAAAGAUGCUCAGACAAAACAUGCUAGCUAUUCGUUUAGCAAACGCAUUUUGUAAAUAAAAGUGCAGUUGUACUGAGUUUUAUGUCUGCUUUAAAAGUAAGUUUGCUAUAAAGGUUGACAGCUGCGGCUUUUUAAAUGUUAAGUAGCUACCUUUAACGCAAGAGAGUCCACCAUCGGUCCAGCACCAUGCGCGGUGAUCCAGUGGACUGCAUAGUGAAAUCCCCAGUGGCUCUGCAGCUCGGCGAUGUGGUGACCGAUUCAGUCCGUCCCGGUGUUUAUAUCACAGACGUCGUACUUGCAACGCCGGUCAAUAUUCAGGAAAUCUCCUUCAAGAACUACUACACAGCCUAUUUGACGGUGCGAGUGUUGAAGAAUGAGGAAGGGAGUGACGAGAGAUCCGCUAAGUGGUUCACCUGUGUGAGAAACUAUGGCCUGAUGUCCAGUCCACACACUGAAGGAGGAUCACAGGACUACUUUUCUAUCUACAGACAACAGAUGCUGACGGAUCCAGAUAACGUUAUUACCGUGCGGCUCAUACUGAGACAGCCUUCUUCAGUCUGGCUGAAUUUCAACAUAGAGGACAUCAAAAUAUACUCAUUGGCAGACGAAGAAUCAGAGAGAGACGUUCCUUCCUGGUUAUCUACCAUCACACCUGCUGAAGAGCCUUUUGAUUUGAAUGGGCUUCCCGAUCCAGACACAGUGUCAUCUACUAUUCAGCACAUGUGGGCUCUCACUGAGAUCAUGCAGUCAAACCAGACCUCCGCCUCCAUCGGCCGCUUUGACGUAGAUGGCUGCUAUGACGUCAACCUGCUUUCAUACACAUAACAGGAAGUGACCAGCAGUUUAGAGCUUAUUACAAACUAGGCAAUGGUAUUCAAGCAUUGCUGUGUCUCAAAUGGAGCUAUACACAUUGUAUUUCACUGUGUUGUACCUAAUUAUUAAGAUCUCAAAACGAACACUACUAUCACUUAGCACUAAAUGUAAAUGAUAAGUUAUCAUGCUGUGUUUCAUUUCAUGGUUCCUAUUCUUGGCUGACAGGAGUGCACCCGUUAUGAUCUGCCUUUGUUGACACACUCCUCAAGGUGUGUUGUACAUUUUGAGAUGCUUUUCUGUUCACCACAGUUGAAAGAGUGGUUAUUUGAGUUACCAUAGCCUUUCUUCAGUUCGAGCCAGUCUGGCCAUCAACAAGGUACUGCUCACUGCUGCUCACUGCAUGUUUUUUUGUUUUACACAUCAUUCUAUAUGAUUACUAAUGUCUCAAACCAAACAAUACCAAUUUAGCACUAACCGUAAACGAUAAGUUACAGUAUGGUACUUCACGUCAUUGAACUGCACCAGAACAGCCUCCUCAGGAGCAACAGGCUUUGAUUUUUAAAAGUCAAAGUUUAAAUUUAAAGUGUAACCUAAAGCAUAGUGCCCUCUGGUAGCUCCGCCCCCUAUGCGUAAUAAAGUGUUUUCAACUGCAUAGUGCAAACAGCUUCUAGUUCAUGUUAGUUCAUUAUCUGGAUAUUCAUAGUAUUUAUAAUUCACUAGGUACAGUGAAUUUCUUAGUGUAUAAAGUGCACCAUUUGAGAAAUAUAUAUAUAUAUA